AUGGAGAAAGAAAGAAAAAAAAAGAAAGGAAAGGAAACAGGAAUUGAAAAGGAAAGGAAAGAAAGAAAAAAAGUGAUGGAUGGAUGGAUGGAGAAAGAAAGAAUUGUCCCACUUUACUAAGAAACAUUCCAGGCCGUUUCAGAUGAGUUUGUUUGUUUGUUUGUUUUAAAUUAUUCUUGUUGACUCUGACAUUACAGAUAAUGUAGCCAAAUUUUGUGUGGUGGCCAAGAGAAUCAGACAGGCUCUAAUAGCUAACCCAGUUGUUAUACUUUAGGAUGGAUUCUUAUUAAUGUUUAAAGUUUUAACUUUGUACUGCUGGUCAGAGACUUAGAAAAAACUGAACUGGACAUUUUAGUACACCCCCUAGAGUCAGUCUACAUGACCAUACCUGGUGUGAGCCUAGUGGACUAGGAACCUAGGAAGCUGCCAUAUACUGAGUCAGACCCUGGGUCCAUCCAGCUCAGUGUUGCCUACCCAGACUGGCAGCGGCUUCUCCACGGUUGCAGGCAGGAAUCUCUCCCAGCCCUACCAAGAGACUCUGCCAGGAGCCUUCUACAGCAGCUGCUUGGUAGUAUAUUUGUGCUAGUUGGAACAUGAUGUAUCUUUAUGAUUUCCAGUGAUUUGCCGUCAUUGUUAAAACCAUGUAUAUUCUGUGAAUGCAAGCUGAAUAUGGCAAUGGCUACUUUUUUCUUUGUCAUGGUGUUGUUUAUUUUGUGGUGCUGUUUUUUGAGUUUUGAUUAGAUGAUAGACAUUUCAUUUUAUAGGAAGUAGACCUUAAUGAAAGUUAGUAAAAAUGAAUUGUUUCUUUCAAAUAAUAGUGGGUCAUCUGUCUGAAGACAGGAAUUUUUUACAGCUAUUUCUCCUUCUGCACUGAUAGCAAACAUCUGUUCCCAGAGCUCUCAGUAUAUCUUGAGAGAGGAGACUUUGCCCACUGUUCCUUACAAAUUGAAUAUAAUAAAUAUAGCCAAAUUAAUCUUUACAAACACUAGGUAAAUGUUGAUAUGUCAACAUAAAAACUUAUUCCUCUCCCCCUUUAAAACUAUCAAUAUAUGGCCAUAAUAAAGUUAAUAUUCUGACACAGUAGAGCUUGACUAAUGCGUUUUGGGGAUAAUGAGUGGACCAGUCUUUAUCUCUCUUACUAAGGGCUUCCAUUAAAGAGAAUGUUAGGUGUAAACAUAGAACAUGUGUGUCAUACAACUUAUCAGAAAGAGACUGAAACCUUUUCUGUUGUUUGAGAUACAGGCCAACUUCACAGGGUUGCUGCUUGUGAGGAAGAACCUAAGUAUGUAGUGCAGCACUCUGGGCUACUUGGAGGGAGAGUGGGAUAUAGAAUGUAGAAAUAAAUAAAUUGAAAUGCAAAAAAUAAAUACUAUUUUCUCUCAAAAAACAAUAAUAGCACCUCUGCUGAUUGGAACUGCAGGCACACAACCAACUACAAACCAGCGCUCUGAACCAGCCAACUAGAUUUGAACAUCAUCAUGCCACCGAAGAAGGCAAGUGGAGCUGCAGGACGGAAGAGGCGGAGGCUGGAGGCAGAGGAAGCCCAGAAGUCGAGCAGGAUCCUUGAGUCAUUCUUUGCAAGGCCCGGGACAAGUAGCUCCACACCACCUCCCACAGAGUUGCCAGCACAAGUGGAGGAGGAAGUCCAGCCAGAUGAAGGUGGAUCAAGUGCACAUCCGUCACAAGUGGAGGAGGGAGUCCAGCCAGAUGAGGAGGCCAAGGCUGCCACAGAGAGUGUGGACGUGACAGGAGGGGAAGCCGGUGGUGAUGUCGGGUCUACUGAUGAGAGUGAGACUGAACCCAAGGAGGAGGAGGACACUAUGUGCAGUGAACUGGAUGCUGACCAAGAGCCUCUAACUGUUAGGUCGGAAGUGAUUGAGCGGCAUGACAUCGGACUUCUGCAGUUUGACAAGGCAACUGGAAGACCGAUUAUCCCUGACAUGCUUAGAGAAGAAAUGAUAAGGCUGGGUGCUAAGUAUUUCCAGAACUCUGAGGGGCCUUUCCUACCAACUAAAAACCGUGCGAUGAACAAGACUUGGUUCAGGAAGAGAUUGGGAGGUGGCUGUGGUGAGGAGGUGGAUCGCCCAUGGAUGCUCUAUUCCCCUUCUAAGAGGUCGGCAUUUUGCUUCUGCUGUCUUCUCUUUUCCCGAUCAGAGCAUCAGUCCACAUUGGAGCAGGAAAGUGGAUUCAAAAAUUGGAAAAAACCUGAAAGGAUUCCUGUUCAUGAGAAUGCCAAGAAUCAUCUGGAGUGCUUCGCACAGUGGAUAGAAAUGGAAAGAAAUAUAGCUGGAAACAGAGGACUCAUUGAUGCGGAACUUCGGUCACAGAUUGAGAAGGGGAAGCAGAGGUGGCGCGAAAUCUUGACAAGAAUCCUUAACUGCAUCAAAUACCUUGCAACUCAGAACCUGCCUUUGCGAGGACAUAGGGAGUCACUUCAGCUAUAUGACACCAAUGUAGGAAAUUUCCUUGGCUUAGUAAAACUAAUGGCUACUUGUGACCCAGUCAUGAAAGAACACCUGACCCAUGUGGAAAGUCAUCCUGGAUCCACCUCUUAUCUCUCACCGGCAGUCCAGAAUGAAUUCAUCCAUCUGAUGGCAUCCACUGUUCGCAAGAGUAUACCGGGAGGCAUUUGCAAAGCAAAAUACUAUGGCCUCAUGUUCGACUCGACUCCUGACCUGGCACACCGUGAGCAGAUGUCACAAGUAGUUCGAUAUGUAGAAAUUGAUUAUGAGAGUCAUACAGUCCGUGUGAGAGAGUCCUUCCUUGGUUUUAUCGAGCUAAGCCGGAAGGAUGCUGAGAGCUUGACUAAAGACAUUUUGGAAAAGUUAGAGAAGGACGGAAUGGAGCUGCAAGAUUGUCGGUCACAGUGCUAUGACAAUGCUGCUGUGAUGGCUGGACACAGAAGUGGUGUUGCUCAACGGAUACGUGAGCAAAACAAGCUGGCAGUGUUUGUGAAUUGCGACAAUCAUUCACUCAACUUGGUGGGUGUGCAUGCAGCCAAAGAGGAUGUGGAGAUGGAGUCAUUUUUUGGAACCAUUGAUUCCCUCUACGCUUUUUUUUCUCGCUCAACACAGCGCUGGCAAAGACUCAGAGACGCCGUGCCUGUAUCUCUUAAGUCGGAGUCUGAAACCAGGUGGAGUUCAAGGACGGAAGCAGUGAAGCCAGUCAACAACCACCUGGAGAGGAUACUUGAAGUUCUUCUGGACAUGAGAGACGAUGCAGAUGAGACCGUUGAAAGCAGAAGUGAUGCAAAGCACCUGCGCAUCCACUUGUUGAGUUAUGAAUUUCUGACUCUACUGGGUUUUUGGAAUAAGAUCCUCGCUUGAAUUGACAGUGUUCAAAAGAGGCUGCAGGAUCCUAAAAUGAACUUCCACAAUGCUGCGCUGCAUUUGAAAGCCCUCCAGGAUUGUUUUCAUGGUGAGAGAGAAGUGCUGGUCAGUGAGGCACUCAACGUAGGACAUCGUCUCUGUGAAGAAUGGGAUGUCGACUUUGAAAGACGUCCGAGACGGGAAAAAUGAAUGCCUGGUGAGAAAUCAAGAGACGCUGGGCUAACAGCUAGGGAGGAGAUGGAAAGAGUCAUGAAGGGAGCACUCGACCGUCUUAACAGAGAACUGGGCGAGAGGUUCACUCGCCUGCAUGACACUGAUGCCAAGUUUGGGUUCCUUCUCGAUAUCGAGGGACUGUGCUACGGUGCUGACACAGAGAACCUAAAGAACAACUGUGAAAAUUUCUGCACAAUGUACAGCACUGAUGUUGAUGUGGCGCUAUAUGACGAGAUUUUGGUCUGCAGAAUGUUGCUAGCAGCACGGACUGACAUGACAGUAGCAAGACCGGAACAGCUUCUCGAAUUUAUAGUUCAGUAUGGAUAUGACGCCACCUUCCCCAACUUGCGCAUUGCUGUACAGAUCAUGCUGACCAUUGCAAUUUCCGUUGCCAGCUGUGAAAGAUCAUUCAGCAAGUUAAAGCUGAUACUUUCCUGUCUCAGAACUUCCAUGGGUCAAGACAGACUCUGUGAUCUUGCUCUGCUGAGCAUAGAGAGAGAGGAAACAGAAAAAACUAACUUUGAUGGCAUCAUAGACGAAUUUGCAUCUAUGAAAGCAAGGAGGGCCAAGUUAUGAUUUUUGGACAUUUGCUGGAUUUUUGGACAUUUGCUGGAUUUUUGGACAUUUGCUGGAUUUUUGGACAUUUAUCGCAUUUUUUGGUUAUUUAUCGCAUUUUUUGGUUAUCGCAUUGUUGGUUAUUUAUCGCAUUUUGAAAUUUUUGGUAAUUUUUGAAAUUUUUAAAAUAAAAGUUUUCUUAAA